CCGGUUCUUGCAGUUGUGUCUAUCAGAGCACGUCCUUUCUAGGCCUUCUCUAGAAAUUUCCGGUAUCUUGUGCCUGACAGCCUGACACGGCAACCGUACUCGCUUGCGUUCCCCGCAGAGGCCGCUGCGCACGAGUUCCACCAAGAAGGAUUUCGUGUUGCCAGGAGCCGUCCUUGUCUGGUGCGUCGCGUCUGAAGAGUUCCCCGCCUCUUCAGCCUCUCCGUUCCCUUCGGCAUCUGGUUCCAAUUGGAGCAUGACUCAUCUCGUCGUUUUGCCGAGGAGCAAGCGGUGUGCUCUCGUGAAAGGCCUUCGGAGAACAAUAGCACGGGACCUCGAGUGCAAGUGUCGUCCAGCUCCUCGGAUCGCCAUGCCCCCCUUCUCCACGAACAAGAUUCUUUUCGCGUUGGACAUCCGAGAGUCAGUUGCUCGCGAUUCUUCGGGAUUAAUCCACUUUGCUUGACAGAGUUUUUUCGUGUCUCUCGCCCCAACGCAAAUUUCCGCAGCUGCCGUCCGCUCAUUCCGAGUUCUCCCGCAUCUCCAACUUCAUCCGCGCAUGUUGAGCUUCCAAACCCGCCGCAUUCUUCGAUUUCUUCGUCCUCCCCCUUUCGUUUUUUCGUUGGGCGUGCCAGUUUGCUCUCGGCCUUCCCUCGCCUCGCGUUUUGGGUCAACGUAGGGUUGCACGUGCGUAGCCAGUCCAGGGGCCCCGCUGUGCGUCAGAGUGGCGCGUUUUUUUCUUCUCGGUCUUUUUCCCGUGGGUGACGCUUAGCUCCCUCUGCAUUUUCCUGCCCUCUUGUUUCCUGCAGUGAGAGCGAAACUUCCGGUUUUGUGGCGGUGAACGCAGCACCGAGUCGGCAGACGUCUUUCCGUUAGCUCUAAGCGGAGGCCAGAUAGCAUUCUACUCCGUAAUGCUCGUCAAUCUUGUCGGUUCUCCACUUUCUGUCGCGCUGCUUACUACUCUGCCUGCGUAAAGCAGACAUCCUUUUUCACCGAAUUGAGUUGCAGACUCUCUUCUCCGGCGAUUCGGUUUUCCCUCGGCUUGUAGUUCUGCCUACGAAGUUGUCCGUCUCCGUUGGUUCACUGGCUGCCGCAGAAACGUUGGGUUCCUUUGAGGGACAGCUUCCCUGUUUUUUCUUCCGAUAAAUCCGCCGUUAUCCUCUUCUUCCGCCUUCCUGUGGUACUGUCCGUCCAAACUUGUCUCUCGUGCAUUCUUGCUUUCUGGGGGUCUCUUUCACUGUUUGCCCAGGGAAGAACAAAGAGUCAGGGGAGCUCGACCGCAGACUUGCUUACGAUUUCGUCAGCUGCGCUCCCCGGCUCGCGUCUCCGUUGCCGGUCUCCUCGCCCCCGUUUUCUUUUUUCCACUCCUUCAGCCCGAAGGAGCUUUCUCUCUUUCUCCAGCCUCGCCGAAAUUCGCAAAAAAACAAAGCGCCAUGGGAUCCAAUUGCUGCAAAAACGCACUACAUCAAACGAAGCCUUCAGUGCCUCCUCCGGACCUCCCGCCCCCAGACCCCGGUGCUCCGUGGCCUGGAGACACGUUCCAUCGCGCACCAGCCGUCUCCGCGCCCGUGGAACCCGACGGAGCGUUGCCGAGCACCGAGUUCUCGUCCUCUGCUCACUGGACUUCUUCGAGCGUCUCUGGACCCAUGGGCCGUCUUUCGCCUCUCAGUACGUUCGAGUCUUGUCUGGGCGAGGACGACGCGACGAACGAUGAUCCGACGUCUGCCUUUCCUGUCCCCCGCCCCGUGGCUGAGGACGCAGCACCCGCAGCCUCUCCUCGACCUUGGGCAGAUGAAGAACGUCAGAAGACCGGGAAGAAGUCGCUCUCUCGACUGCGAGCCGCCUUUCCAGAGGAGACGCGGAGAUUUCCUUUACCUUUUCCUAGGCGCAAACGCAGAGACUCCGAGACCGACCAGCGAGGAGAAAACCGAGAGAGCACAGAGAACAGAGAGAACAGAGAUGGAGUUGAGAGCAGCAGGAAAGAAGCAGGACGGGAAGAGCGUGCAAAGCGCGUAUCGCAGCUGGACUUCGAAGACCAACAUUUGAUGUCGUAUCCUCCUCCAGGGUUUCCGUCUUCCUCGACGGCGGUUGUUGACAAGGCGCCAGAGAGCGAGAGAGCAGACGGAGGAGAGGGAGGAGACAAGAAGAGUGGAGGGGCGAGAAGCGGAAACCUCUUAUCCCGCUUCCGACAGUCUCUGAGAAGGGGAAACCGAGGCGUGACUCUUGGGGGGAGCAAAAGGCAGGGACGGGAUGACAGAAAGGCGAACCAGGGAGAGAAGACGGUCAGGAAGCGGGCAAGCAGCUCGAGGAGCACACAAGUUGGAGAAGAGGAUGGCGACAGAGGCAAAUCGAAGCGGAUCGAAGAAGAACAAACAGAGAGACGAAGCACAGGCGAUCCGAGACACCCCGUGGGUGGACUCGCCUCUCCCGACAGCGAGGGCACGACGACUAUUGGAUCUCCGCUGUCGAAUCGAGAAGAUGACCUUGAACGGCGAUGAACGUUCGAGGCUGUGAAAAGAACAGGCAGUUAGUGGAUGUGGCUCCUGGUGCGGAGACACCUGGGGCUGCAGGGCGAGAGGCGCGGCGAACCGGAUGUGGGGUGAUGGGGACUUGACGUGCAGGGAAGGGGCAGAAGAAGACGGAGAGAGAGAGGUCGUGAUGGGAGCAGAGGGAGGCGCAGUAGCAAGCAUCAGUGGAGCUACGUGGCAACAAAAACCGGACAGUCUGCAUGUUUCGUCGGCUUCUCGACUCUCUUCUCUCUCGGCUCUUGGCGGGUUUCCGUUCUCGCAUUUCCACGUCUCCUCCGCUUGUCAAGGUUUUGCUGGGUGACGCCUGAUCGUUUCAGGUUUUUUCAGUCUUCUGAAACGGCGGCGCUGUUUGCAGAGUAGGGCAGAGAUGGAAACAAAGGGUCGGAAGUGGAGGAGGUGCUAGGUUCGCAAAGAAACAGUCUUUUUAAAGUGUCCUGCUGCCAGAUUUGGGCGCAGAGAGUCUGCAAUGUUCGAACUCUUCUGGGAAACAAACCAGUGGCUGCGAUCCAAGAAAAGGGUUUCGAUUCGUGGAUGAGUGGGUGUCCGUGGGUCGCGCAGCCGUUGCCGAGGUCGAGGUAACUUUUUUUCUGUUUUUCUUCCUCGUCAGGAAAGGGGAAGAGACACAGUUCCGCGCUCUCGAGUGUCUGUACAGUCUAGAGACCAGGCUCCGGCUUGCCUGUUCCCUGCCGCUCGGAGAGAAAAAGAGACUUUCGCGACGCUCAACAUUAAAUGCGGUUCAGACUCAAGAGAUCCUGUGACGAGUCUGCAAUCGCGAUUCGACGAAUCAAGAAGAUGUACAGAGAGACACAGCUUUCAUCCAUCAGCUUUCCACAUCAUCGCGUUUUCAGGAGCGCAGACAGAUUUUUGUAGGGCGUGCAUUCUGUGUACGCAGCGGCUCCUUGAAGUGCUACCAUCUCGCGAAAGCGUUUAUAGUGUUUUUCCGGUGUUGCUUGGUUAAAUGGAAAGAGAGAUGAUUUCGAGUUCCGUUCGGUGGCGACGUGCGGGCGUGUGGGCACUGGGAUUCCUGUUCAAUUGUGGCGCUAAUCAGAACGUGAAGAAAUCGAGACAGUUGUUUCUUGUCUUUUUUGGACUGUUUCAUCCCGGGAGAUUUCUUUUCUCGCUCCUUGUUACGAAACAACAAUAUCUUGUGUGGACCCCUCGGCAGUUUUUGCUGGCGGGUCGCUGCUCCACUUCUUGACACACGCAGAACGGUGGAAGUCAAAUCGAAUGCAGACAGUUCCGAACGUAGGGGCAUUUUCACAUUCAAGGUAGAUAUUGCCUCCGCUAUCCAGGACUGGAUAACAAAUCUAGUGAACACGAUGAAGGACCUAGGAGACUGAAAAUGACUGCAGUCGCGAGUUGCAGACCCCAAUCCUGCAGUCGUCUGUUUUCAAGACAGAUGAAAGUGUUGUUUUUUUACAUCCUACGACGUUAAGGUUAUUCCAAAUCAAUUCUGUUCUCGAGACAAUCUGUAUGAAUUCCUGUAACAGGUUUUAACAUCGAGAGGAAGCGACUACUCAGAUGCUAGGUUGAUCAGUACCAUCUUACACAGCUGUGCACAUUUCUCAGGACGUUUGGAGGAUCAAACAGGGUAGGCGUUCAGUUUACAGUUGUAUCUCUGAUUGGGUCUGGAAAGCCACUCACGUUUUUUUGCCCUACUUAGCUGUGCAGAGGGGAGAGAAAAAGUGUGAGAGACGGAGAUUCGUGGUGGUAGCGUGGCGUCAAUCGCAGGUGGAGUCACUUGCACGUUGUGGGACCGUUUUUGCUGACGUAAAAGUGUAUUUCUCGCAAAAUUCGUGGGUGAUGUAUUUUUAAGAUGUCAUUUUCAGUGAUUCGAAGGUAAACCGCUACUUAAAAGCAGCAGAUACCGUAGCCGAAUGCGAAUUCUAGGGUUUAUUUCUUCGACACUGCAUACUAUAUGAAUGGUCCUCUUGCACCUCCAGAGAUUAACUGUGACAGUGGAGAGGCAUUUCGUUGUUUUCUUUUUUUCAUCUUUCACUGUACGGGGCUAUCGGUGGCAUUUUCUCUAGAGCAACUGAGGAGGCUGGCGCGCAUGUUUUCGCGUCUAGAUUGGAAGGCUUCGUGUAAAUCGAGGAACGCGACGCAGGCUGGCGUCAGAAAAAAGCGAGGUGAAAGCGUUUCUUCCUCGUGGAAAUUCCCAUUGUUUGCCUUUACGUGUUUCUCGGCUGAGCGUGAGCGCGCAAAGGAAAUGCAAACACGC